UUCACAGUCUCCUCUGUGAACCGGAAAGAUAUGAUUUCACCUUGGCUGCAUAUCGCUGUGGAGAGGCACACGUUUGUUUUAAGCUAGAAAUUUGACAUUCAAAUGAAUGGUGGAUGUCACUUUAGUGCCGCGACGUGUCUGACUGUUCCCCAGAGAGAGAGGAAACAUGAAGCAAGACGUCAGGAUACUUUUACUGGGGGAACCCAAAGUGGGGAAGACAUCUCUCAUCAUGUCUCUGGUUGGAGAGGAGUUCCCUGAACAGGUUCCCCCCAGAGCUGAAGAGAUAACCAUCCCUGCUGAUGUGACUCCAGAGAAGGUUCCCACACACAUAGUGGACUACUCAGAAAAAGAGCAGAGUGACGAGGUCCUUAGAGAUGAGAUCAUUAAGGCUAAUGUGGUGUGUGUAGUGUAUGAUGUCACCAAUGAGGACACAAUAGACAAGAUUAAAACCAAAUGGAUACCUUUAGUCAACGGAGAUGCAGAGAAGGGAAACAAGGUUCCCAUCAUCCUCGUGGGAAACAAAUCUGAUCUGCGCUGUGGGAGUUCCAUGGAAACCAUUCUUCCCAUCAUGAACCAGUUCUCUGAGAUUGAGACAUGUGUUGAGUGCUCUGCAAAGAACCUAAAAAACAUUUCAGAGCUGUUCUAUUAUGCACAGAAGGCAGUUCUGCACCCCACUGCUCCUCUUUAUGACCCUGAGGACAAACAGCUAAAACCGUCAUGUGUCCGAGCCCUCACCAGAAUAUUCUACAUUUCUGACCAGGACAACGACCGCAUCCUCAGUGAUGCUGAACUCAACAGCUUUCAGAAAUCCUGUUUUGGGAAUCCUCUGGCACCACAAGCCUUAGAAGAUGUAAAGACUGUAGUUUGGAAGAACACCAGCGAUGGAGUCCAGGACAAUGGCCUGACCCUAAAUGGUUUCUUGUUCCUUAAUACAUUAUUUAUUCAGAGGGGCCGACAUGAAACCACAUGGACUAUCCUCAGGAAGUUUGGCUACGAUGACAACCUUGAGCUGACUGAUGAUUACCUUUACCCUGAACUCAGAGUUCCUGUAGGCUGCACCACAGAGCUCAAUCAUCAGGGUUACCAGUUCAUCCAGCAGUUGUUUGACAAGUAUGAUGAAGAUAAGGACUCCGCCCUGUCACCAAAAGAGCUUAGAAACCUGUUUUGUGUAUGUCCUUACAUGCCAUGGGGUCCUGAAGUCUACAUGACUGUCCCAACCACAAAUGAGGGCUACAUCUCAAAUCACGGCUACCUCUGUCAGUGGACGCUUUCUGCAUACCUUGACAUCCACCGUUGCCUGGAGCACCUAGGAUAUCUAGGCUACCCUAUUCUCACUGAACAGGACUCACAGACUGCUGCAGUCACAGUGACACGAGAGAAAAAGGUGGACCUAGAAAAGCGACAGACACAGAGAUCAGUAUUUCUCUGCAAAGUGAUUGGACCAAGAGGGACAGGCAAGUCGGCCUUCCUCCAGGCCUUUUUGGAUCGCCACAUUGUGAAUAAAGGCGAUUCCAGCAGUGCCUUCUCCCCAUAUGUCAUAAAUACUGUACAAGUCAGUAACCAGGAAAAGUACCUUAUCCUUAAUGAGGUAGACGUGGAGACGGAGUUCUUGAAGAAGUCAGACGCCUCCUGUGAUGUUGCUUGUCUCAUGUAUGACAUCAGUGACCCCCAUUCCUUCAACUAUUGUGCCAGCAUAUACAAGCAACAUUACAUGGAAAGCAACAUCCCAUGCGUGCUGGUCGCCUCCAAGGUGGACCUUCCUGAAGUGAAGCAGUUCCACGGAAUGACCCCAGCAGAGUUCUGUUAUAAGCACAGACUGCCUCCACCGAUGCCCUUCUCCACGCUGUCCCUUGACUCCACCAGCAAGAACAUCUACACAAGACUUGCCUGGGCAGCCAUGUACCCGCACCUGAAUGGUUCAGACAUGACCAACACAACAUUCUGGCUGAGAGUGGCUUUGGGCUCGGCUGUGGUUGCAGUUCUGGGUUUUGCUAUCUACAGAGCUGUUGCCAGACUGAAAUGACUGACAAGCUGGAAAGGCUUUCCCCCCCCAGCCUGAUGCUCCAUCCAUCAAGACCAAACCUCUGUGACCAGAUGCAAAACCGCCACAGCUUGAACUAGACAAAGUCCAUGUCAUUUUUUUUUUUUUUAAUACCCUGAAGGCUUCCAGGACACUUUCCAUAUCUCUGCCAUUUCCAUCAUCUGAUCUCUUCUCCACUUUGAAGUCAGUUGAUCACGUCACACCAGCAGCAAGCUGAUGAUCAUAUUAUUCCCCAUGCUGCCGGGCCCAGCUUUUUCCGCCUUACAUUGUUUGUCCAGGCUAAGUAGUGGGUAGCCUUUCUGUGCUUGACACUCCAAGAACUGCUACUGUUAAUAUCCAAAAAGGUGCUUUAUCAGAGGGGAGGAAAUGCAGGAAGAAAGCAGUGUCAAGCCCACUGCUUUCCCCCUCAGUGUCAAUAUAGUGCUAACGAUGAGAGAUUUUUAUAUACGUGCAUAAAGCAAAAUAUGCCAAACUGAAUCAAGAACCAAAGGGCAGCAUGUGAAGCAUUUUGGCAAAGACUACUUGCUGAUUGGCUGCUGCUGAAACCCACACAUGAGAAUCGCUGUUUCUUCUGACUGAGAUACCGGAGAUACAAAUUAAUCGUAUAUGAUUUGCCAAAUUAAUCCAGCGGCAGUGAGUAGUCGUAGCAUGCUACUUUCCUCUUAGGCAUGCUGUUUGGACUGAUGAAGUAUUGUUUUUCUUUUUUUUUAGUAGUGAGGUAUUAAUGGGAAUGCUGUGGCAGGGAGAGAUUUCUCUUUGUGCAGAAAGAAACUUUCCUUUCAUAUGGAAGAUGGUGGUUUUGCAUUUGCUUCUGCCAGAAUGUAGGAAAUAUUUUCUGCUCUAAAAGGAGACCAGGCACACCUAAAAAAUUUUACAUUUUUAAUGAAAAAUGUGGUCAUUUAUCUUUGCUUCUGCUAGGUUUGUUAAUUUCACUUUGAAGUUAAAUUAAUUUUAAUUGAUUUUAACUGUUUGAUUUGUGCUUUUUUUUUUUUCUCCCCCCAAAAACCCUUCCAAUGGUUUUACUGUGUUACAGAGUCCACCAUUGUAUUGUUUUCCCACUAUGACUCUUUAAUUAUUAUACCUGUUUUGUUGACUGAUUUAUCUCUGAACCCACUGUUUUCCCUGGACAUUUGUUUGACUUUUAAAACAGUUUUCUUACUGAUUUUAGUUGCUUAAUAAAAGACCAGACCAGA